CGACGUGAGCACAUCGCAUGGAUAGCGCGCAUUCUUAAUGGACAUUCUUGAAACGUCAUAUUUUAUUAUGUAAUUUUUGGUCGAUUUUAUUACUUAAGAAUUACAAUUUUCAAGUUUAAAAUUCAAAAGCUGCAAAAAUUACAUGAAUUCUCAACAAGUGAACCGGCUAUAAAAACACGUCAUUUAAGAAACUUUGGAUUAUUUCAUGACCGUGUCCUUUUUUCCCAAGAAAUUGCGUGAUCGGUGGAAAAUCGCUCUGCGUAAGAUAAUGCAAUUUUAUUGUUGAAAAAGGCGGGUUUGCUACGAGUUAAUAACGUCGAUAAAUUUUGGAACGUUGUGCCAAAUUUGCGCAGAAAGAUGUGUAAGAAACUUUGCAGAUUGACACACGAAAUUACCUCAACGCCGACACAAAUAGUGAGCUUCGCAUUGGAAACUUGGCGAUCUCCUGUUUACGUUAGCAACACAUUAGUGAUCCUUAUCAAUCGACCUUAAAUUCCGACGUUAUCAUGUAUUUUUGGUGACUGAUAAAGAAAAAUAUGCUUAACAUUGAUCAACUUUACUGAAAUUCUCGCGAGAGGUUUAAGUGAACUUUCAUUGCUAAACUUUCCAACAAAACAUCGUUCAUCAUUUUUCAUUUUUGCAUAACACACAAAUAGGAGAAGAAUUUUAUUCUGGACACACGGAAGUCACGUGAAGUGAAAGUUCGUGAAGAAGAAAGUCCUUGAAACUUCGUUACGCGUUCAUUUGGUUAAUAACGCUCAGCCUCAGACUUAAUCAUUCACGUCCCAAUUUGUUUCUCCGCGAGUCAAUGUCAGAUUCAUUCGAGAAUCAGACUUCAACUAAUCAACCGAAUUCUUCCCUCGACCAAUCUUGAACCAGGGAAUUUUCAACACGAACAUUAACAUCGCAAAAAAAAAAUUACCCUUCGUCAAAGUCGCUCGAUGAGCUAAAUCCAAAUUUAUUUCUCCGCGAGUCAAUGUCAGAUUCAUUCAAGAAUCAGACUUCAACUAAUCAACCGAAUUCUUCCCUCGACCAAUCUUGAACCAGGGAAUUUUCAACACGAACAUUAACAUCGCAAAAAAAAAAAUUGCCCUUUGUCAAAGUCGCUCGAUGAGCUAAAUCCAAAUUUAUUUCUCCGCGAGUCAAUGUCAGAUUCAUUCGAGAAUCAGACUUCAACUAAUCAACCGAAUUCUUCCCUCGACCAAUCUUGAACCAGGGAAUUUUCAACACGAACAUUAACAUCGCAAAAAAAAAAAAAAAUUGCCCUUCGUCAAAGUCGCUCGAUGAGCUAAAUCGCGAAUCACGACAAUCAUGGCGCAAACGUCCGAACCAGCGCCGGUGCAUUGCUACACCAAUCCCUCGUUCUGCCGUCAAUCGGAGUACAUCCCGGACGAUCAUCAUGUCAACGACCUGCCGCCGCCGCCGCAGCAGUUUCAAGGAGCCGACGAUCUGCCGCCUCCGCCGCCGCCGUUGCAAUUGCAAUUGCACGCCUCCGGUCAGAGCAAUCCGGCCUUCCAGGCGCCGGCGGAGACGACGCUGGACGACGCUCGCGGAUCCCGGGAUCGGUAUUGUUACCUGGAGAACAGCAGUGCCCCUGCCAGUGCUCACAGGAGAUACGCCAGUCUUCCGGUGGAGGAGCCUCGCGUGACUUACAGCCAGUCCUCGCAGUACGAGUAUUCGCGGCAGCAACAGCAGGACGAGAGAGACCGGUUGCCGCGCGUGGUUGCCUCGUCCAGGUACGAAUUCAUUCCGCAGCAGCAGGUGCAACUACGUUCCGCACCGGCGGCCAACCAAGACGAUCGAGGAGGGCCGCAGACGUGCCGAAGUAAUAAUGCCGGUAGAUACGCGGUUAUACCGGGUGAUCAGGACUACCAGGAUUACCAAGACGGUUUGCAAUGGAGCAACGCCAAAUCGGCGCCGCGGCACAUCAACACUCCGCAGGGUCGUUACAUCAGAGUGCCUAUGCAAGAAGAGAUUCCGCCGGCACUUCCCGAGAGAAACGCGCAAGAAAUCUCGAUGUCGCCGAAAAACAACCUAGCCACGCAGAAGCUCCAUGAGAUAUUAUCGACGCCUAAGAAGCCGAGAUCAAGAUCCGAAGAGAGAACCCUAUCGCCGAAGAGACAACAAUCCUUUAAUCAAAUCAGCACGCCGCAGAGAAGAGCCCUCACUCCUGGCAGCUCACCCAAUGGUCGUACCUUCAGUCCGACGCGCACAACUCCUCAAGGUACGCCUCAGAGUCGAGUCUUCUCGCUCACGGGACCCCAAACGUCGACGCCCAACAAGGAAUCAUCAGCUCGCAGGUGCCUUCCUCUGCUGGAGAACUCUUCCAGGCAGCAGGACGUUUGUCCAGCCAACAAUUGCGGCCGGCUUCGCUACGUGGGUACCGCACCGGUCGAUCUGAUGAACCUGAGUCACAACGAACCACCACCUCGCUACGCCUACAUGGAAAGCAACUUGGAGUCUAUGCCGAUGAUGUCCGGAUCGCCCAGGUACCACGUGGUGCCUGCCGAUCAGAAGAACUAUCAAAGCGUCGAGAGCGCGUUCAUGGCACGUACCGCCGUCGUACCACCGUUAUCUCCGCCGAAUAGCGAGGCGAAUACAACCUUGGCGAGCGGUAUAGAUAAGGGCGAAAGAAGAAAUGCACCAAUUCUGCUGAUACUGGUCGGUCUUUUGACGUGCGGCCUCGCUCUCUACUUAUCCUGGUCUCAAGGAAGAAGAUAUUACUUUGAUAGUGCGGUUGGUUGCGGUGCCUGUUGCGCUUUAGCGGGCGCAUGCAGAAGCUUACGAAGAACUUGGACGGGACUUGGUCUGGCUGGACUUGCGGCACUUAGCUGCGCCGGUCUUCUGCUACUAGCUACUAAAUCUCCGAAAGACGGCACUCCUCUCCACGAUAUCACAGCCGGCGCUUUAUGUGGCGUGUCGGUUUUAGGCGCUGGUCUCGCCCUGUUGGCUCUUCUGAAGCCGAGAUGCAGUUUCGGACGUCACAGACGAGUGCACUCUUGGAUACCACGAUUCUCCCCUUAGGCUAUCUCGAUCUAACACGACAAUAGCUAUACGUGUAUCUUAGAAUUGUCCUUCUGAGAGAAAGAUGUGUAUAAAUAUGAUUGCGUAAGAUAGUUGAAGAAUUUAUUUUA